GGUGAAAGCGGCGAUGGUGGAAGAGGUUCUGCGCUUGCGUACACCCCUAAACGCCUCUCCUGGCUCUUCGCCGGCUCCGGCAGGUCCUCGCCCGGCUCCGGGCUCAGGGUGUAGGCCUUUAUGCUGCCUGGAAAUUAUAGGUCUGGGCUGCAGCUCGCGAAAGGACAGGAAUUUGGAAGCCGCACAAGUUCCAAUAGCAAUCGAUUGGCAGUGUAAGCGGCUCUCCGCGAAUAAGUCAUCGAUUAUGAGAAAAUGACGAACGAAAUCUCAAGCCACAGUGUCGCCAUAUAAUCGUCGACGCAUGGAUUUCCAUGACAUGAGUCUCCAUAAUUCUAUGAGAACAAAGACGGAUGGACUUUCACUGUUUUCCAGAUUUAGCUGCACACGCUGAGAGAUCUGUCACUGAUAGAUGAAGCAUAUAUGGUGAUAUAUUUUUGCCAUGUUUCUUGAGCGUAACAUCAAAGGAACCAAAGAAGGUUCGUGCCGCUAUUAUGCGAACCCGGCGUCAAGGAUGAGCAACAGCUGCGCAAAUCGAAAUUCUUAUAAAACAAAUCAAAUGUUGAUCGUAUAAAUAAAUAAAAUGCAUGGUUUAUGGACGAUGUUGGACGGUCAUUAUCAUCAUGGAAAAUGAUAACAGUGGUCUUCGUAUAUUAUGGCAAGUAAUCAAUCGGUACAUGGCUUAAUUUAUUUCUAAAUAUUGAGGAAUUAUCUUAUAAUGUGUGUCAAGUUCUUGAGGAAUAAUGGAAAGCUCGAUAUCUAUUCGACAGAGUGUGAUAGCCUAAAUUUCAAUCGUUAAGCGUCGCAAUUUUCUCAGAUAAAUUAUCGAUUUAAGAUAGCACUUUGAACGGCUGUGUAAUUUAUAAUUGAAUUGUAAUUUUAAUAAUAUUUGAUAAUACUUUUUUAUUAUAUAUUUAUAUUUAUUAUAUAUUUAUCGACUCGAUGAUAACGACGAUGCCGUCAAAUGGACUUCCCCCGGUUCCACCCGGCGACUGUCGAGCUUCCCGGAUCUGCCUUCGACGGGGCACCUCGAGGCAAUGCUGGCAAAACGGUCGUGCGGCGAAACGGCGAAACGCAAGUUCAUUUUUCUGCUUUUUCCUUCUGAGUAUGCAACUUCCCUCCACCGAAUGCCAGUUGACCGGUCAUCCUCCACGACGGAAAUAUGGCCACUCUCGAAUCUUACACAAAUGGAUCGGCGGGCACGAACGGCGGCAUAGGCCGCAGGAACGCUGUCCCUAUAAUCCACGUACGGGGAACGCACUACGAGAUCGGCUUCGAUAUCGGGCGUACUUUCGCUAAGAUGAUCCAAGAUUUUGUGAGCAUCUAUGCGCCGCUGAACGAAACCUAUCUGCCGCUGUUCGCCACCGAGAAGGGAAGGAUGGUUUACGAAGAAACCCUGGAUGUAGUCAAGAAACAGUUUCCGCAGUACGUGAGGGAGAUCCAGGGAACGGCGGACGGCGCGAAUGUUCCAUUUCAUAAACUGUUUCUGAUGCAUUUGGACGAUAUUAUUUCGAAUGCCACCAAUGGAACGCAGGCGAACGUGCUUCCAGUCGGUUGUUCAACCAUCAUAUGCAAUCAACCGGGACAUGAGAUCAUCGGGCACAACGAGGAUGCCCUCAGCGAGACCUUGAACCACUGGUACCUCGUAAGGGCUCACGUUGUCGAGGUAGGAUGCAAGGAGGAGAAGUUCACGUCGCUGAGCUACGCCGGCUUCCUGCCGGGCUACACGAUGGGCUAUAAUCAUCACGGUCUCGUUUACAGCAUCAACACACUCAGCGCUGCGGUCCUGCGAUCCGGCAAGAUACCGCGGUACUUCUUGACCCCGGCGCUGCUGGGCGUGGAGAACUUCGUGCAGGCGCAGGAGACGCUGAGGAACGAGGGCUGCGGUGCGGCCGAGGGCUUCUCCGUGAACAUGACGUUCCUCGCGCAGGAGGGCGAUCGGAUGUUUCACAACGCCGAGGUGGGCCCGGCCGAGGCGGACUCCGCGCGCUCCCAGCUGAACGUCCUGACCGUCAGUCCGGGCGAGAACACGUCGCACUGCAACAAGUAUCUGCGGCUGAAGGUGGCGGAAGUGGAGGGACUGAUCAUUCAGAGCAGCAUCAAGAGGAUGAAGGCGAUCUCCAAGCACCCGCCGGCCAAGUGUCGCCAGGACGUGAUCGAUAUACUUAGUGAUCAAACGGAUGAUGAGUUUAGGGUCUACCAGGAGAUCGGUUGCGACGAUUACGUCAAGACGCUCGCCACCGGUAUCUUCGACUGCAAGGAGCGCACGUGGUCCAUUUACACGGACAAGCCGCAGUGCAACGAGCCGAUACUGGUGAUACCCAUGCAACUGCGAGAUCCGCAAAGCGGCAAGGCGAACAAAUAAUUUGCCUCGACUCUUCGUCUUGAUUCUCAAUCGGAAGCUAAUAUAUGCGAUUAUAUUAACAUA